AUGUAUCUUCAUAUACACAUUAUCCCUCUUUUUUGCAUUGUUCCUACUUUAAAACAUAUUUCGUUUCUUUUUCUUUUCUUUUUUCUUUUCUUUUUUCUUUUUCUUUUUCUUUUCUUUUUCUUUCUUUUUCGUUCUUUUCUUUACUUUUUCUUUCUUUUCUUUUUCUUUCUUCUCCUUUCCUAUUCUUUUUCUUUCCUUUCUUUUUCUUUCUUUCAUUUUCUUUUUCUUUCUUUUUCAUUCUUUUCUUUUUACUUUUCUUUCUUUUUCUUUUCUUUUUCUUUCUUUUCUUUUCUUUUUCUUUCUUUUUCAUUCUUUUCUUUUUACUUUUCUUUCUUUUUCUUUUCUUCUUUUUCUUUUUUCUUUUUCUUUUCUUCUUUUUCUUUUUUUCUUUUUCUUUCUUUUCUUUUCUUUUUCUUUCUUUUUUAUUCUUUUCUUUUUACUUUUUCUUUCUUUUUCUUUUCUUUUUUCUUUUCUUUUCUUUUCUUUCUUUCUUUCUUUCUUUCUUUCUUUCUUUUUCUUUUCUUUUCCUUUCUUUUCUUUUUUCGCAUUGCCCUUAUUGGGAGUCGUGGAGAAAUCAGAAUUGGUGUUAGUAUUGAUGAAUUUGAAAACCUCAAAGUUACUUACGCUGAGUUGAAACGAACUGUGGUUGUGUCUUAUUCUCGAGAAAAGUCCCCCUCAGCUACAAACAUGGACAAAGAAACACCUCCAUCUACCAAUAUGAUACCCAGCAAGACUUUUCGUGCAGCAUUUGUAUGUAGACCAGCCAAGACACUCACUCGGCACAAAAAAUAA